UUGAAAACGAAUGGAGAAAGACCCAGUGUAUGCCACGUGAAGUGUGUGUAGAUGUGGGGAAGGAAUUUGGUGCUCCGACAAACACGUUCUUUAAACCUCCAUGCGUGGCACUGUACAGAUGUGGAGGAUGCUGCAACAGCGAAGGAUUGCACUGUAUGAACACUAGCUCCUCAUAUGUCAGCAAAACGUUAUUUGAAAUCACAGUCCCGCUGUCUCAAGGACCAGUUAAACCAGUGACAAUUAGUUUUGCAAACCAUACAUCCUGUCGGUGCAUGUCUAAAUUGGAUGUUUACAGACAAGUCCAUUCAAUUAUCAGACGGUCAUUGACAGCAACACAAAUACACUGUCAAGUGGCAAACAAAACUUGUCCUAAAAAUUAUGCAUGGCAUAACCAUUUGUGCAGAUGUAUAGAACAACAUGACUCUGGGUUUUCAUUAAAUCACGAGGAAUCAGAUUCUGGUGAGGAAUUUCAUGAUAUUUGUGGACCAAACAAAGAACUAGAUGAAGAAACCUGCCAAUGCGUUUGCAAAGGUGGAUUGUUACCCUCCAGCUGUGGCCCCCAUAAAGAACUGGACCGAACAUCUUGCCAGUGUGUUUUGCAAAAAUAAAACUUCUAUCUACUUCCUGUGGGACAAACAAACAAUAUGAUGAAGAGAGAUGCCAAUGUGUCUGUAAAAAGACCUGUCCAAAACACCAGCCACUGAACCCUAUAAAAUGUGCCUGUGAAUGUGUAGAGACGCCAAACACAUGUUUCCUCAGAGGAAAAAGAUUCAAUCACCAAACAUGCAGUUGUUAUAGACCACCAUGUAAAUCUCGACCGAAACGCUGUGACCCUGGUCUAUUCUACAGUGAAGAAGUGUGUCGCUGUGUUCCUGCAUAUUGGAAAAGACCAUAA